CUCUUCCUUUUCGUUCAACCUCAAAAUUCUUCUUCUACUGGAUCAUCACUCAUAAAUCACAAGAAAGGAAGGUUUUUUUCUCGACUUCAUUACCAGUAUUUCGUAGCUCCGGCAAAAAUUUCCGAUGUCUACCGCUGAAUUCGCCGUCAGUUUCAAGGAAGCUGGUCGAUCCGUCAUCGCCACCCGCCGCCCAUGGCGGGAAUUCCUAGACCCGACGGCUCUCAGCCUUCCUUCUUCCCUCUCCGACGCUACGACGAAGAUUUCUCAGAACUUGACUCGUUUUCUCUCCAAUUACUGCCUCCUCAUCUUGCUCCUCAUCUUUCUCGGCCUCAUCUACCAUCCCUUUUCCAUGAUUGUCUUCUUGCUAGUCUUUGUCGCCUGGUUCUUCCUCUAUUUCUCCCGCGACGAUCCACUUAGGGUUUUUGGUUUUGUGUUGGACGAUUUGGUAUUGGUCAUCAUUCUUGGGUUGGCUACCGGAUUGGCGCUGGCUUUGACAGGGGUUUUUGUGAAUGUGCUGAUUUCGCUUGCAAUUGGGGCUGUGGUGGUUUCCUUGCAUGCGGCUUUGAGGGGAACUGAGGAUCUUCUUGGAGAUUUGCAAGACCCUUUUGGGGAUGCGCUGUUGGAGAGCCCAAGAGGUGAUUACAGCGGCAUCUGAUUGAAUCCGUGAGUUUGUCUCACGGUUUAACAAUUUAAGUUCUGUUUUUCUUUUCAAUUGGUUUAGUUUGUAGAAGCUUGAUAGUUUGUUGGUCUAUAUACUGGUAUUGUUAGAUGAAAUGUACAUUUGCAAAACACAAUGAAUUGCAGAAAAAUAUUCAUGUCCAUUAUGCUCAGAGUUUUUAACAGUUCUUUUUACUUA